CCAUAUAUCGCCAAUUCUCGCCAUACUUUCGCCUCAAUCUCACCAAAAACCGCUUCGAUUUUCUCGUGAAAAUUCCACUCGUGUGAAAUACGCCCGAAAAGUGAGUUUCCAUCGUCGCUAGCGUUCCGUUCGCAUCGUACGAAGUUUCAUUUUCAUCUUUCCCGUCGUCGUCGUCGUCGUUGCUGUCUCCCUUCACCCUUCUUUUAUGCAAUGUCCUCCCGCCAUCCUUCCCCCUGCCGUCCGAACUAGAAAAUAGAAACGGGAUCUUCGAACCGAUUCUACAGUAACCAGUGGAAGCAGAAGUGAACUACUUAUUUACGGGCUUCCGUUGCCGUGUGGUGUUGAUCGGUGUCAAGUGUACGUCAUGAAUUUAUAAUGGCGGCCGUGCGUUUCUAUUUUUGUUUUCGUUCGUCCAAGUGAAAAAUUCUCGAGUAUAACAACCGUUUACCGUACGCUGUGUAAAAGUUUUAUUAAAAUUCGAUACUCGACGACUUAUAAAGUACAAAAAAUCAAACUAGUUUUAUAUUCUAUUUAGUGUAAUGGCUGCCAAUCAGCAGUUUUGUUUAAGGUGGAAUAACCAUCAGCGUACGUUGAUUUCCGUGUUUGAUAGUCUAUUGGAAAGUGGAACACUAGUAGAUUGCACUUUGGCAGCUGAGGGACAAUACUUAAAAGCUCACAAAGUAGUUUUAUCCGCCUGCAGUCCUUACCUAGGAGUAUUAUUAAGCCAGCACCAUGAGAAACAUCCUAUACUGAUACUAAAAGACAUAAAAUUUCAAGAACUAAAAGCUAUGCUAGAUUACAUGUACCGAGGCGAAGUGAAUAUAUCGCAAGAACAACUAUGCACGUUUCUAAAAGCAGCCGAAUCUUUACAAAUCAAAGGCUUAACAGAGAGCGCCGGACUGAACCCGGAAACGAAAGAUUUCGAAGACCGUUUGGUCAAAAGAUACGACCGUAAAUGUACCUCGACACCUCAACAGCAGCAACAACAACAACAACAGCAGCAACAACAACAACAGAUUCCUAAUCAUAGUGCCAGCAGAACCAGAUCGCCUCCGUCGAACACGAUAAACUCGGCCGCAGAAUCGUGGAACCAGAAAUAUUCUUCAAAUUUCCGAUCAAAUUCGCCCCCUUCGCAUCGUCUUCGAGACGGUAGCUUAUCGCCUACGGCUAGAAAACGAAGGAAACAACAGCAUCCUCAAUCGAGCGUCGAAGAUUCCGGAGGUACGAAUAUGAUAGCGAUAGAAAACCAUCAAGAUUCGUCUGUAGAUUCGCACGACGCCGCUAUAAAUCCAGUUUCCAGUACGAAUAACGCUUCGUCGUCGAAUUCGUUAACGUUAAAUAAUAUUAAAACCGAAAGCAACUCUACCCUCGAUAAGACCACCAUCGCUAUCGAUAACGACAGAUGUACAGAUUCCAGUAGUACGAAUUCGAGUAAUAAGUUAGACAACGCAGUAAUUCCAAAAACCGAACCAAAGUUCGACGAUAGACAUUCGGACGACGUCGAUGCCGCGUACGAAGAUAGCGUCGAAGAGAUGACCAUAGAAGACGAAGAAGAAGAAAUCGACGAAAAUGAUUUAUCCCGGCCGGGCCCUUCUCAUAGUGAUGAUAGUCAAAAUUAUGGUUCAAGUUCAUACCCGCUUUCGUCAGUAAACGAUGGAUCUUCUGGUCAAUUGGAUUGUCAAGAACCGGUAACGGAUCCAUUGGCCGAGCACCGAUUCGUAUGCAGACUAUGCGGCAAAUUGUACCAAUGGAAGCAAAGCUUAACCCGUCAUAUUCGAGAAGAUCGCUGCGAUAAAGGUCCCCAGCACGCGUGCCCUCGGUGUGGCAUCAUCUUCAAGCACACGACUCGCCUAAACAGGCAUAUAUUGUUUUGCCCCAGCGUCCAAUUAAACGCCACCGAAUCCAGCUCGGUUGCCAGCGUCGCCGAAAGUAUCAUCUCGCAGACGCAGAGUUCAUUGUCUCAGGUCUACUCGGAUCCUAUGUCGUCGUCGCCGCCGCCGCAAUUCAUCUCGCAAACGACCACUUCAUCUUAGAGGAGACUGUGACUGUGUAUGUGUUGUGUUGUUACGUGUGAUGAUGAUGAUGAUGAUGAGGAUGAUGAUGAUGAUGAUGAUGCUGCACUUGAUACGUGUGUGUGUGUGUGUGUGAAGUAAAAGCAGUCUACAUUGUCCCAUACGAUGAUGUCUUUCUCUCUCUCUCACUCACUCUCACUGUCACUGUCUGCAGUCUGUUUUUCUUCUUACCAUGUACCUACCUCUCUCUACACACAAGUACAAUAUACUUAUCCCUGUAUAGCAUAUUUUUCUUCUUCUCUUCUCGUACUGUACUAGCUCUCCCUCAUUCGCAGGCUCUGUCAGAUGCUGUGCUGUGUGUGUAGUAGAGUAGCCGGUGUAUUUUUAGAAAUGUGCGCCGAUCUGUGAGGCUAUGAAGAGGCUAGGAGGCUGAUGCAAAGAUAAAAACCUUCGAAAAAGGAUACCCGUGUAACGGAAAAUGUGAAAUGUGCACACUGACGCUGCAACGUGCUAUUUCAAAAGGUGUUGCCAUGGUUACUGCUGCUGCGGCUCUUGCUCUUACUCUUGUUCAUAUAGACCCUCGACAUGCGCAACCUCUCUGCUGUGCUUUACUCUACUUUACUACCACACACAAACACACCACGUCGUUACGUCGUAAUCGCACAUAUGCCAACCAUUUUCUCUUCUCUACCUACCAAGACCAACAAACCUAAAUUUAUGCUUCGUGAAAAAACAUUUACCCCUCGGAAACAGAUUUCCCUGUUUACCUGCCCACCUCACAUACCCCUUCGCCCCUCCCCCCGUCCUGUAUGUCUCAGUCAGGCGUCACGCAGCAUUUUUCGUUUGUUGAACCAAUUCACUAUCCCUUUCUGGCGAUCUUGGAUCACCUCACCACCUUCUUCAUCCACAUGUAUAGCUUUUGUUUUUUUUCCUUUUCUUCGUACUAUUUAACCAAUUUAUUUAUUUUUUUUUUGUUCGUGUGGUUUUUUUUUUUGAGAAAUUACCCUCUUUUUUAAUCGACUAAAAAUAAUGUAAAUAAGAGUAUGUUGUUCCCUGUGUGUGUAUGUUUGAUUUAUAUAAAUGACAAAUUAUUAGCAUUUUUUUAAAAAAUUGAUUAACGAAAGUCGAUACCUAAGAAGUAUGGCUAUUAUGAUCUCGAAAAAAAAACUCCCCCACCCACCGAAAAGUUGAAUUUUAUGACUGAUUAUUGUGUGAUGUGUGAGGCGACUCGUAGAGUACUUCCUUACCCCCCCCCCCCCUCCUAUUUUUUUGCCAUCACAUUUAACGAAUUUUUUUUUUUUUGUUGUUGUUAGCCAAGUCUGUUUUUUCUAGUCAUAAUAGCGGCUAUCACGAUACCUCUACCUACCUAAAAAAUGUAGUCAUUACCUACCUACCUACCUUAUAAAUUAUAUGUACCUAUUUUUAAAUGUAUAAUUUCGAGCAUGGCUGUCGAGAAAAAGAUAGACAAAAUUGUUGACGAGGAGAAUUGUGGGUACUGAAUUUGAUAUUUAUAAAUAUUAUAAGGUUUGAUGAAAUCACACGUCCUCCUCCUCUUCCUCCUCCUCUAAAAGUGUACGAUGAAGAUGAAAUUAUCGAAUGAUUUGAAAGAAAAAAAAAUCUAGUCAACGAGGCAAAAUCAACUUUCGUUAGUGAAGUGAUGAAAAAAAAAAAAAAGCUUCGCGAUAUUAUUUACUAUAAUGUAUCUGUAGAAAGAAAAAAAAAUGUAAAUAUUUUACGUGUGUAAGUUAUAUAGGUAUUUAUUAUUAUGUAAUGUUAUUUAGAUAAUGUUAGUAUUUUUUUUUUUGGUCAUUGCGAGAGCAGGAAAAAAAUCGAGGGUAGUGGAGUUGUGUGUUACCCUCUUGUAUAAAUGUAUUUCAGGUAUUCUUCGUGAUUUGAAAUGGGGGAAAUAUUAUCCUAUCGCUAGUCGAAGGUGAACUUAUGUGCCAAAUUUUUAUAGUCAUGUUUAUCUGUUAAUUCAAUAUUGGUGGGGGGGGGGGUGAGUUGAAUUUGAAAUAUUGUGUAACAAUCACGUCUUUAUAUGUAAGUAAUUAUUUAACCUAUUUCAUCAGAUCAGAAGAGAGAGAGGUAUUGAGCUUGUAAUUCUUACCAGGUUUGCGUUUUUGAAACUGGUUUAACGGUUCAUGAUAGUUUAGUUAGGAAUAAUUCGAAUUGAAAAUUGAGGUUUUGGAAGACUUUCCCAUUUAAAAAACUUGUAAAAUUUUGAACUCAAUAUUUUAUACUAAUUUUUCUUGGUAACUUUUGUAUUGAUUGAAUAGGUAUUACCUAAUUGUCUGAAGGGAAGAUGUUUGAAUCUGGUCAAGUUUGGUCAGAUCAAAUUGGAUCCAGGAUAUAUCUGGAUCUGAUCAAAUCUGAUCUAAGAGGAAAAUAAUCAAAUCUGAUCAGGUCUACUGAAAUCGAAUUGGAUUCAAGAAAUGUCCGGAUCUGAUCUGAUCUGAUAUCAUCAAAGAGGUCUGAUCAAAUCUAAUCAAACCUGUUUGGAUAUGAUUAAAUCUGAUGAGGUUUGAUCAGAUCAAAUUGAAUCCCAGAAAUGUGCAGGGAUCUGAUCUGAUUCGAUCUGAUCAAAUUUAUCCUGAUAGGUUUGAUCAGAUCUGCUCAGAUCUGCUUGAUUUCCCGAUCUGAUCAGAUCCGAAUUUCCACCUUGAAUAUUGAAUCUUGUUUCUUUUUCUUUCAUUUAAAAAUUUUUUUCGACUUGUGAUUUUUUUGUAGAAAAACACUUCUUUGAUUUUAUACCCCAUUUCUAUUAGUAGGAUAUCAUUUGGAAACUUCAUAAUAUCAUACUUUGAGACAAAAUUUUACUCAAAAUCUACCAUCAAUGGAAAAGAUAAUGUUACAUGGUAGCAGAGCAGUGGUUUUUUCAAAUGCAACAUGGUAGCAGAGCUGUGGUUUUUCAAAUAUGACAUGAUAGCCGAAACAUUGUAGCAAAGCCAGUAUUGUAAAUAGAAAAAAAAAACCACAAAAAUUAGCAAAAACUGGAAAUAGUCCUCCUCAAGCUACCUAUUUUUUUCUCUGGUAAAACCAAAAAAAAAUUACACAUUUUUCAAUUUUUUUGUUUUUUUUUGUUUUUAGUCAUGAGUUAUAAAUUAUUAUUUUUUAACACGGCCAUUUUAAUCUAAAAUACAAAAUUUCUUCUCUAAAAUUGAUUAUAAAAAACUGAUUUAGAUAAUUUUCAAAAAUAAUGCAAAAUUUUUGUUUGAGAAUAUUUUUUGGGUUUUUGAAACUUUGUUUCUAAAUAAUUAUGUGAUAGAAAUAACCUAAAUUGAAAAUGAAAAUGUUGCAUCUUGGAAUUUUUCAAGUGAAAACAGCCCGAAAAAAGAUCAUAAGAAAUGCUGCAGUUUUUCUCCACAUGCAACAUGGUAGCAGAGCUGUGGUUUUUCAAAUGUGACAUGGUAGCAGAGCCUUUUUUUUCAACAGCUAUUUCAAUCAAAUACACAAACAUUUUUCUCUGAAAUGAGUAAACAAAUAAACGUUCCAAAAUUUUUUUAAUAGAUGUGCAAAAUUUUUCUUUUUCAAUUAGUUAGUUACCAAAAUGAAAAACUUGAAGAAAAAAAAUUGAAUUAUCUUUUUUGGAAUUUUUUCAACAAAAACAACUCCCAAAAAAUGUUCCAAGUCCUAAAAAAAAUUUAAUUAAUACCAAAAAAUUUGAAAUUAUUGUUUUUACUCGUACGACAGUGAGAAGUGCAAUGGUUUUCUUCAAAUGCAAUAUGGUAGCAGAGCUGUGGUUUUUUCUUCAUGGUUACAAUUUAUCAAUGGAACUGCGUAGUUCGGUUACCCUUCUGCAUAAUUUGAAGCAGGGUUGAGGGAAGUAAAACCAAAUUGAUAUCAAGAGUUCAGGUUUAGACUCAAAAAGUUCAAUUCUCUGAUUGUGAUCCUGGUUUUGAUCCCAGUUCUGAUUCCUCUCGUUUUGGUUCAGGUUUUGAUUUCAACAUUUUGAUUUGAUUUCUAGUUUUUAUUUUAUUAUUUUUUUUAUGGGUGCCAUUUUUUGUCAGCUUGUAAAGUUUUACCAAAUUCAGCAAAAUUUUGCCAAGUUGAGAUUAAAUUUACUUAGGUAUACUCUCAAAUAUGUAGGCACCAAGAUUUUGAGAACUUGUAUUUUGUUUUCUUAUAAUUUGAGGGGCAUUGAAAAACAAAUUCUGGAAUCAAACCCUUUCUUAAAAAAACUAUUAUGGUUCUGAUUUUGGUUUCGGUUUCAGUUAUGCAUCGAGUUGAAGCAAUUUUUGGUUCCAAGAUUCUGAUUAAAAAGCACUGUUUGAAUUUAACAUGGGUAAAUAUUGUACACCAGCGAAAACCACUGCUCUGCUACCAUGUUAUGUUUCAAACCCCUCUGGCUCCUUUCCAAAUUUUGAAAGAAAGUAGUCAAAUAUUGUACGAGAUUACCUUUGUUUGCAAAUAACAAGUACUGCAGGAUGUACAAAAUUCCGGUAAACCACUGCUCUGCUACCAUGUUUUGUUUUAAACACCUCUCUGGUUAUUUUUUAAAUUUAAAUUCUGCUCGCUCCUUGAAAAAUUGAUGAAUUUUGUAUUAUUUCUUUACUGAUGAGUAAUGCUAUAGAGGCUGCAAAAUUCCUGUAAACCGCUGCUCUGCUACCAUGUUCAUUAAAAACAAAAAUCUUGCUUUUUUCUGUGAUGAUAAACGAAUGUUGAAAAGUACAAAACGGUGUUCAUUCCAACCAAAAUUUUCAAUUUCAAUCUCACCCCGGUGGAAAUAUUCCUGAUUAUUUUUAGCUAUUCAUUAUUAGAAAAAUGUAUACAUACAUAAUGUACUUUAGAACCAUAUUCAUGCUCUAGAAAAUUUUUCACUCCCAUUUUUUUGGUUUUUGUUCCAAGGAACUUGACAGAUUCAUUAAAAUAGUUGACAAAAUCCAUCUGCUUACCUGAAGAUUCAUUACAUUUGAAUUUGAACUGUUGAUUCUUUAAUCUUGAUCUCUUCCCUUUUUAACUUUCGACUUCGUUUUCAACAAUCUUGAGUACGAUUAUAUUGAGACUGUUCAUUAAUAAUUAAUUUCUGUUCUGAAAAGAAAAUAGUUUUGACCUCAGAAUGCUUUGUGCGGUUCGGGGUGUUUUUUUUUUUUUUGAAGUUGUACAAGUCUUACCUAAGUGAGUUCCGUUCAAAUUUAUAUGACGACCCCCCCCCCUCCACCUCUUCUAGUGAAUGAUUCGUCUAUGAAUUUCAAUCGUAUGUAAAUCAUUAAUUUUUUCUUUUAAGAAAGAGGAGCUUAUUUUGAAUGUUUGUGUGAGUUUAGGAAAUAGCAUAUAUAGUAUACAAUUCUGCUGCUUGUGUUCGAUAAUAUGUAUAGUGGAGAGAGAGAGGAUUCGUCCUCAUCCCCUCACCAAAGAAAAAAGUAAACGUUUCUGAAGCAAAGACACGAUAUUAUUACACAAGCUGAAAACGAAACUGGUAUCCUUUGAGGUGCUGUUCAAUAAGAACAGUAAUUUUUUUAUGCCUACCUAUAAAACGAUUAAUUAAAAUGUACAUUUUUAAUCAACCUCUAACUCUUUGUUUUUAUUUAAAAAUUAUGCCAUUUCCUUGGUAAACAUCUUCCUAUACUAGUGUUUGUACGUUUAUUUGUCUUCAAAAUAUGGUUUAAGAAUGAGAAGAUUAUUCACGUGUACCAGAACUAACUCGAUUUUAUAUUAUGUUUUUUUUUUCAUUUUUUUUUUUUGACAUAUUGUGCUUCUCUUUUUAAACACUUGUCUUGUUGCCAAAAUUAAUUUAAUAAAAUUGAAUUAUUAAAAAAAAAAAAAAAAAAUAUGUAAUGAUAAAUAAUUUUGUUUGCAUUUACAAAAUGUAAAUUUAGUUUGCAAUAACUUACUAUACAAUUGCUUGAUUAAUUUUAUUAUUUAUUUAUUUACUUGUAAACUUAUUAGUCAUUUUUGUGUGCCAAAUUAUUAUAUAAAUACGAAUUUUGAUGUAAUAAAUUUUUGAAAAGUGA